AUGAAUACAAAAACCUUUGAGGUCGAAUCGAGCCUUGACGCUCCGACAGUUGAAGAGAAGGAGGGCAAAGCGUCGGCCACUCAUCAUCUCGGUGAGGUCGAGCCUGCUCCUGCCCAUCACAGCCUCGUCGCCCCCGACGGUGGACAGGCCACCGUGACGCUCAAAACUUGGAUAGCAAUAUGGAUUCUCAGUGCGUCCUUUGGGAUUUCCUUUUGGCCCGUCCCAACGACCGGCGCCAUGGGACAGGCUCUUGCGACCAAGUUCGGAGACGUCCAAAGCGCUCCAUGGAUUGUCCCAGCAUAUACUGUGUCGAUUGCCAUCUCCCAGAUGCUCUGCGGAGGCAACUCGGAUCUGUUCGGCCGUCGUUGGUUCUUGAUCGGCGGCAAUAUCAUUUGCUUGAUCGGCUACAUUGUGGCUGCCACUGCCAAUACGACAAAACAGCUUGUAGCGGCCAUGGUGUUACUUGGAUUCGGUGGAGGUCUCUGUGUUUUUGAGGCAGAGGUCGCCAUGUGGGCGAUCCCCGAGCUUCUCCCCAAUAAAUGGCGCCACAUCGGGGUCGUUAUCGCAGACACGUGUGUGUUUUUUGCCGUGGUCGUUGGUCCCAUCGUCGGACGUAUUGUCAUCGACGACGGUGGUAAUACUUGGCGAUGGGUGUACAUCGCUGGUGCAAUCGCGACCUGUGGCUCCGGUCUAGGUCUUUACUGGUGCUACUUCCCGCCGGCUCAUCCGCGUGGAGUGCCCUUCUGGGAGGCCAUUCACGGCAUGGACUGGGUGGGCAUGUUCCUUUUCACCGCUGGGUUUGCCAUCACCAUGUCGGGCAUCAUCAACACGACUUACAUCGACGCCUCCAACGUCCGUGUCAUCGCCACUCUUUGUGUUGGAUUUGGCGUCAUGAUCCUCUUUGGCCUCUGGGAGCAGUUUGGAACCAUAACAUACCCGCUCUGUCCCACCCAUGUCUUUACCAGAAACCACGGGAGGACUUUUACUGCGCCCUUUGUCGUGGGCAUUGUCCUCGGAAUGGUUUACUACGCUAUUAACAUCAUUUAUCCAACGUGCAUCAACGUCUUUUACGUCGGAGCGGACACUCCGAGAAGUGAACAGCUGGCGCUCACUCUUCCCGGAAACCUGGGUCUAACGUUUGGCGGAGUCUUGCUGGUCAUCUUUGGCGAGCGGCUUCGCCACUUCCGACUUCAGCUCAAUGUGACUUUGGCUGGGACAGUCCUCUUUGGUGGCCUCAUCGCUGUCGUGACGCCCGACAACAAGGGCACCAUCAUCGCCUUUACAUUCCUGGAACAGAUGUUUUACGGCUGGUCGGUGUACCUGUGCUACACGUACGUGCAACAAGGGGUUGACCAGAUCGAGCUGGGCAUUGCCGGCGGCCUCUGCGGCGUCAUGAGGUUUGUCGGAGGCUCCCUCGCUCAGGCCAUUUAUACGACUGUCCUGGUCAACAAACAGGGAUCCGAGGCACGGAAACUGAUCCCUCAGGCUGCUCUCGCGGCCGGACUUCCUCCAUCCAGCCUCGACGCCUUCAUGGCGGCCUUUCCGACCAACACAACACAACUGGGUCAGAUCACGGGGGUGGAUACCGCGGUGCUGGCCGCGGCUGGGGAGGCAUUCCAGCUCUCAUAUGCGCACGCGCUCAAGAUCCUUGCUCUGGUGUCAGUCGCGUUCGGCGGCCUGGCAAUUGCGGUGUGUGUGACGGUGGAAAACAUCGACCCGAAGAUGAAUGACCAGAUUGAGGUGUUUCUCGAGAACGACAAGCUGGCGGACAAGAAUGUGUACCACUGA